GCGCCCCAGCGGCCACCAUGCGCGAGGGCCUGAGCGCGGCGUGCGAGGCGGCCCGGCCCCGGCUCUGCGGGCUUCUCCGCAAGAUCCUGCGGCCGCAGCCGGCCUGCGGCUCCCGCCGAGCCAGUCCAGUGACACAGGAUGACCCCAAGUGUCACAGCCUCAGCAAGCACCGGAACGAGGCCCCCCAGCCCUUCACGGGGACAGCAAAGAAGUCUCCAGAAUCCCUGGUUAAGCUGGAUGCACCCCCAUCAGCCUGCCCACGACAUGUGAGGGUCAAAAACUGGGGCAGUGGGAUGACUCUCCAAGACACACUUCACCACAAGGCCAAAGCGGAUUUGGCUUGCAAGUCCAAGUGUUGCUUGGGAUCCAUCAUGAACUCCAAAAGCUUGACCAGAGGACCCAGGGACAAGCCUACCUCCCCAGACGAGCUUCUACCUCAAGCUAUCGAAUUUGUCAACCAGUAUUACAGCUCCUUCAAAGAGGCAAAAAUAGAGGAACAUCUGGCCAGGGUGGAAGCUGUAACAAAGGAGAUAGAAACAACAGGAACCUACCAGCUGACGGGAGAUGAGCUCAUCUACGCCACCAAGCAGGCCUGGCGCAAUGCCCCACGCUGCAUUGGAAGGAUCCAGUGGUCCAACCUGCAGGUCUUCGACGCCCGGAGCUGUUCCACUGCCCAGGAAAUGUUCAAGCACAUCUGCAGACACCUGCGUUACUCCACCAACAACGGCAACAUCAGGUCGGCCAUCACGGUGUUCCCGCAGCGGAGCGAUGGGAAGCACGACUUCCGGGUCUGGAACUCCCAGCUCAUCCGCUAUGCCGGCUACCAGAUGCCUGAUGGCACCAUCCGAGGGGACCCCGCCUGCGUGGAGUUCACCCAGCUGUGCAUCGACCUGGGCUGGAAACCCAAGUACGGCCGCUUCGACGUGGUGCCUCUGGUCCUGCAGGCCGGCGGCCGCGACCCUGAGCUCUUCGAGAUCCCGCCUGACCUUGUGCUCGAGGUGCCUAUGGAGCAUCCCAAGUACGAGUGGUUCCAGGAGCUGGGGCUGAAGUGGUACGCCCUGCCUGCCGUGUCCAACAUGCUGCUCGAGGUGGGUGGCCUGGAGUUCCCAGGGUGCCCCUUCAACGGCUGGUACAUGGGCACAGAGAUCGGGGUCCGGGACUUCUGUGAUGUCCAGCGCUACAACAUCCUGGAGGAGGUGGGCAGAAGGAUGGGCCUGGAAACGCACAAGCUGGCCUCACUCUGGAAGGACCAGGCUGUCGUGGAGAUCAAUGUCGCCGUGCUCCACAGUUUCCAGAAGCAAAAUGUGACCAUCAUGGACCACCACUCAGCUGCAGAGUCCUUCAUGAAGUACAUGCAGAAUGAGUACCGGUCCCGAGGGGGCUGCCCCGCAGACUGGAUUUGGCUGGUGCCCCCCAUUUCUGGCAGCAUCACCCCCGUGUUCCACCAGGAGAUGUUAAACUAUGUUCUGUCCCCUUUCUACUACUACCAGGUGGAGGCCUGGAAAACCCACGUCUGGCAGGACGGGAAGCGGAGGCCCCGGAGAAGAGAGAUUCGGUUUCAAGUCCUGGUUAAAGCCGUGCUCUUUGCCUCUAUGCUGAUGCGCAAGACCAUGGCUUCCCGAGUCAGAGCCACCAUCCUCUUUGCGACGGAGACGGGAAAAUCAGAAACGCUGGCCCAGGACUUAGGGGCUUUGUUCAGCUGUGCCUUCAACCCCAAGGUUCUCUGCAUGGACGAGUACAGGCUGAGCAGCCUGGAGGAGGAGCAGCUGCUGCUGGUGGUGACCAGCACCUUUGGGAACGGAGACUCCCCCGGCAAUGGAGCGAAACUGAAGAAAUCCCUCUUCAUGCUGAAAGAGCUCACCAACAAGUUCAGGUAUGCCGUGUUUGGCCUUGGUUCCAGCAUGUACCCUCAGUUCUGCGCCUUCGCUCAUGAUGUCGACCAGAAGUUGUCCCACCUGGGAGCGUCUCAGCUCACCCCGACGGGGGAAGGGGACGAGCUCAGUGGGCAGGAAGAGGCCUUCCGCAGCUGGGCCGUGCAAACCUUCAAGGCAGCCUGUGAGGCGUUCGAUGUCCGAGGCAAACACCGCAUUCAGAUCCCCAAGCUGUACACCACCAAUGUGACCUGGGACCCGCACCACUACCGGCUCGUGCGGGACUCUCAGCCUUUGGACCUCAACAAAGCCCUCAGCGGAAUGCACGCCAAGAAUGUGUUCACCAUGAAGCUCAAAUUGCAGCAGAAUCUACAGAGCCCAAAAUCCAGCCGCACCACGCUCCUGGUGGAACUCUCCUGCGAGGGCAGGCCAGGCCUCAGCUACCAUCCUGGAGAGCACCUGGGGGUUUUCCCAAGCAACCAGCCAGCCCUGGUUCAAGGCAUUUUGGAGCGAGUGGUGGACGGCCCCGCACCCCACCAACCUGUGUGCCUGGAGACCCUCAGCGAGACCGGCAGCUACUGGGUCAGGGACAAGCGGCUGCCCCCCUGCUCCCUCAGCCAGGCCCUCACCUACUUCCUGGACAUCACCACGCCCCCAACCCAGCUGCUGCUCCGAAAGCUGGCUCGGCUGGCCACAGAAGAACCGGAGAGGCAGAGGCUAGAGACCUUGUGCCAGCCCUCAGAGUACAACAAGUGGAAGUUCACCAACAGUCCCACAUUCCUGGAGGUGCUGGAGGAGUUCCCGUCCCUGCGGGUAUCUGCCAGCUUCCUGCUCUCCCAGCUCCCUGUCCUGAAACCCCGGUACUACUCCAUCAGCUCCUCCAGGGACCGCACCCCCACGGAGGUCCACCUCACCGUGGCCGUGCUCACCUACCGCACCCGAGAUGGCCAGGGUCCCCUGCACCACGGUGUCUGCAGCACAUGGCUCAGCAGCCUGAAACCCCAAGACCCAGUGCCCUGUUUUGUAAGAAGUGCCAGCGGCUUCCAGCUCCCCGAGGACCCCUCCCGUCCUUGCAUCCUCAUUGGGCCCGGCACGGGCAUCGCCCCCUUCCGCAGUUUCUGGAAGCAGCGACUCCAUGACACUGAGCACAAAGGGCUCCAGAGAGGCCACAUGACCCUGGUGUUUGGGUGCCGGCGCCCAGAUGAGGACCAUCUUUACCAGGAGGAGAUGUUGGAGAUGGCCCGGAAGGGGGUGCUGCAUGAGGUGCACACAGCCUAUUCUCGCCUGCCUGGCCAGCCCAAGGUCUACGUUCAAGACAUCCUUCAGCAGCAGCUGGCCGACCAGGUGCUCCACGUGCUCCACCAGGAGCAAGGCCACCUCUAUGUCUGCGGGGACGUGCGCAUGGCCCGCGAUGUGGCCCACACCCUGAAGCAGCUGGUGGCUGCCAGGCUGAGCCUGAGUGAGGAGCAGGUCGAGGACUAUUUCUUCCAGCUGAAGAGCCAGAAGCGCUACCAUGAAGACAUCUUCAGUGCUGUGUUUCCCUACAAGAUGAAGAAGGAUGGGGCAGCGGGACAGCCUAGCGAUCCCAGAGCUCCAACAGCCCUCAGGAGAAGUUAAAGGUGCUGCCGAGAAUUGCAGGAUGGAGCCAACUCUCCAUUAUCUGACGACACAGGGUCUGGGGAGAUGGUGGGAAAUUAUAUCCCCAAGUCUCCCGUCUUAUUUCCCCAUGUCCUUCCCCUUUACUUGACUUGCUACCGAGUAGCAGCCUGCACUGAGUGGAACCUCUUGUCUCCUUGGAGCCCACCCUUCCCCGGCUCAUGGGGAACUGGGUUGUCCCUGGUCCCUUGGAGAGAGAUCUGCAAUGUGAGGCCUGGCCAGUGGGUGAGGAUGGAUCCUUCUUCUGAUUGCACCUCUAGGAGGGACCACCAGGGGGCGACGACGGGCCACUCUGUGUUUAACCUGGCCCUUCUCCCCAUGUACAGUUAUUUAUGCCCUUGUAUUUAAAAAGCAAACCCUAGUCAGCUCCUGAGGCUGUUAAGGCCUUCCAUGUAUGACUCCCUGAUGGAGAUAUUUAUAUGAAAUGCAUUUUAUUUUAAUCACAUUGUGUGUGUUGUAUUUUAUAAGGGGAGCAGCCCUAACUUAUAUAGACUUGGAGACUGUUGGGUGCAGCAGCCUGGACAAAAAAACACACCAAAAUACCCACGAAGGGAUGUGCCAGAAUGACCUGAAAUGCAUAGAGGGCAGCACACGUGCACCUCUGACAACCCGGGAUGGAGGGAGGGAGCACAGGCCUCACACAGGAGGCAUCGCCCGUGGGCGAUGGGUGGGGGGAUGCCAGCUCUUUAUCGGAGGCCUGAGCACAGCCUGUCUUACAGUCUCUGUGUUUUGCUCUGGGGCCUCCAGCUUCAUGAGAGUUGGGGCAAUAACAAUUGGGCACCGGGAUGACAAAGCCCGUGAGGUGGGGCUAAGGGUCACGGGCAUGGCGGUGAGUGAAGGGCACACAUGUUCCCCAGGGAAGGCUGCUGAAGGGACUGAGCCAUGUUUCCUGCUCUCAGGGGGAACCAGGAAGGCACUCAGCCAGGGCUCAGUGGGGACUGGCAAAAUCUGGCUCCCAGCUUGGGUUUGUUCUCUGACUCAUUGGCUCCCUGGCCUCCCCACUCAGAUGGGGUGAUGGGGGCGGGAGAAGGGGACAUGCCAACCUACAGGGUCCCUCAGGUGGUCAAGAACACGGUCACCUGGACCGGUGACUCUCAUGCUUUCGUAUAGGCAACCUCCUGGGAUCUCCUUCUAGUGGAGACCCUGAUUCAGGUCUGUGGCUGGCCCCAGCGUCUGCACUGUAACAGCUCCCAGGUGCUGUAGAUACUGCUGCUUCCAGGACUACACUUGGAGCCAGCACCCUGGAUUCUUCAUGAGAUUAGCAGGACGUGGGCACAGACCUGGGUCCCUCGGCACUGGCCCAGGGGCUGGCAGGACCCCACACACUGAGCCACGUUCCCACCACACUAACCCCUGGUGCCGGGCCCACAGUGGAACAACACACAAGUCUUUCACCUGCAUCAGCUCCUCCUGACUCCAGCUGCCACCUCCUCCCACUGGGACACGGGGCUCUGAUGAGCCGGCCCUGCCAUCAGCCUUCCUGGCCCUGUCCUGGCCCUCCAGGCUCUGGCUCUCCAGGCUCUGGCCCAGCCCCUUGGCCCACCUCAGGAGCUUGGGGCUGUUUCCUGGUUCACCUCUGUUAUCAGGUUUCCUGUCAGAGAUCCUGUCCAUAAAGCCUGAGGACGGCUGCUUUCUCCCACACCUUGUGGGAUUUUGGGGACCCACUGAAGGCAGAAAUGGAUCUGCACCCCCGUCCCAUCAAAGUGACUCUAUGCUCUCUCCUUGGCCAGGACGCCCUGAUCCCAGACACCAGCAUGUCUCCAAACACAUUGAAUAAACCACAACCACGCUGUGCA